GCAUCAUUACAGUAUAGGAUAGUAAUUACUGCGUAUCGCUGAAAGAAAUCUUGCCAUGGAAGACGAGGAACUCCCACUCAGUAUACCGGUAAAAGCAUUAUGGGAGCACAUGACAUGCCCCAUAUGUAUGUCAGUGUUAUGCAAUACUUACAUGACUCCAUGUGGACACAGAUACUGUAAAGAAUGCAUUAUAGAAUGUGUUAACAGAAGACAUAAGUGCCCAUGUUGCAACACUGAUGUACACAAGGUGAGAGAUUUACUUCAUGAUCAUCAAUUUGAUGUUCUCAUACAAAACAUCAGAGAAGCAAAAGAAAUGGCUGAAAAGACAUACUUUGAAGAACUAAUACAUACUGUUGUGAGUAAUGCAAAUUCAUUAGAUGUAAAUAACAGUCAUUCUCCAGUUGAAGAAGUUCUUAAAAAACACUUGAAAGAGGGACUUGCUGCUCAUGAAAACUAUUAUCAAGAAUUACGAACCCAAUGUAAUCAUCAAAUCCAGAUGAUUGAAAAGGAGUUGGCAGGAAGUACAGCAGAAUUACAGAAACAAACUCAAGUACAAACAGAUUUUGAAGUUAAAUUAAAAGAUCUGAAUGAAAAAUAUGAGUAUCGAAAGCAGACCUUUUUGAGUGAAUUAGAAAAUUGUGGUCGUAUGCUAUCACAAGCUUAUGAUAGAUAUCUGACAGAACAUCUACCAACGCCAUCGUUAUUACCAAUCAAAGUAUCCUUAGUGCUACUGAACAAGGAAAUAACAUUCAGUGAUGUUCAGAUUAAACCAAAUUACAGCAUUUCCCACAUUCAAGAUAUACUGAAAUCCAAAAUGCAUUCUAGAGAUGACCCAAUUAUCACAUUUGAUGAUGAUGUCAGGUUUAUAUUAGUUGGGCCAUUUGUGAAGAGGAGUUUAUCUGAAACUCACCAACUUGUGAAUGAUGUGGUUCAACAUGAAGUUGUGCAUACUGAUGUUGUACUGUUGCCUAGAAACUGCUGCCCUAUUCUUCAAUUCGGUGCCAAGUCUGGAAGUGAGAUAAUUAUAACUGGCAGAGUAAAAUCUCAGAGUGACCUUCCAAAACUAUGCUUUGCAACAACAUUUGAGGAAGGACGUGGUGAUUCUGUUGAUUACUUUACUUGCAGAGAUUGUGGAUUUAAUUGGGUCUGCAAACCGUGUAAAGAGUCAUGUCAUAAAGAUCACAUGACAGUACCCUAUAUUAUGAACCAUCAUCCAACGUGGGCAUGUUGUUACUGUCCCAAGAAAAAAAAGUGCGUCUUAAGCAGCUAAUAUUGGUUGACAACAGCCUUCAAAAGAUAAUAGUUGUCAGGAAUUGUUAUGUCUGUUAUAUGAAGGCAUGCGAUGUAUACAAUGCAUGUAAGUUGUUUGUAUACAUGAAAUUCGAACAUGAAAGAUGACCACCGUCCUAAUAAUAACAAGAUAAUUAUAGUAUUCAGAAACAACAAUGGACUUUCAAAUAUAUCGGUCAUCAAUAUUUAGUUCUCAAAUAUUUCUGUAUUUUUUACCAUGCCUGUAAGGAAAGACACAAAUGUUGGCAUCGUCUUUUAAGAAGACUUUCUUAAAAACUUUUUUAGAUUUGUGUGUGCAACAAGUAAUUUCCCCGGUAAUAGUGAUUUCACAUGAGUCAGACUCACUAUAUCUUGAUGUAAUUAAUAAUUACUAUAAGAACAUGUUCAAUGUUUAAUGUCCUUUGUUUUGUACCAUGUACCAUGUAUGUGUAUUGAUUCCUUAUAAAUGGAACACAUUUCCCUAA